AUGCACACAACAAGCCCAAGACCAUACGCAAGAGAAACUUUCGGCGCACAGCGGCAGGCUGAUGCGAAGGCAACAGAUGUGAGCCGCCGCAGAGGUUACGUCCGUGCAGCGGCGCAGGUGCCUUCGGCAGGUUGUAGCGUUUUCUUUCCACGCCGGGCGGCCACCUGCUACGACGAGUACCAACGCGACGGCCAGGAGCCGCACCUAAAAACAAAAACGCACUUGCGGGCCGCAAAGGCUCGCUGGCGUUCUCGCCCUAGCUGCCUGCGCUUGCUGGGUAGCUGAAGUAGAAGGAGGGGAGGCCGCCCGGCGCGGGUCUGCUUUCCAUUUCCUAGAAGGCAGACGGCACAACUACGGUGAGGCGCACCAAGCGGAAGCGCGUGCCCUUAUCGACCUCUACC